AUGUCCAGACUGAAGCGCCGACGCGAGGAGGCCUCGCAGCGCAACAAACGAUCGCGCCACCACGCAAGCGACGAUGAAGUGAUGCCGACGAAUGUCGUGGUGGAUGACGGCCCCAGCGACGAAGAAGCAAAAGAAGAAGACAACGACGAAGAGGAGGCGCUUUUGGACUUUACACAGACGGACUAUGUGGAGCCCACCAAACCUAAAGCCUUGCACAAACUUUCAGACAAGGCGCUGGAUGAGCUCAUGGCGAAGCUGGUGCGCUACAUGCUAUACAAGGGCGGCCUGAAGCUGCCGAUCAAGUUCGCGGACAUCAGCAAGGACGUGUUCCCGCAGUACAAGAGUGUAUCAAGAUACUUCUUCUACCACGCGAAACAGAAGAUUGAAAGCGUGUUUGGCUAUCGCGUGGUGCAGGUGGAAGAUAGCACAAGCAAGGAGCUGUACCUCGUGCUGAACAAUGCUUCGUCGCAAGAACACUUGCUGCUCAUGAACAAGACGGGAAAAGCUGCUUCGCGCGGGUUUCUCAUGAUGGUGUUGGGCCUCUUGUGGUGCGCCCCUGCCCGGCGACUGUCGGAAGAUGAUCUGUGGAAGCAACUGAUCCGCUUGGACCCGACAGUGAAGCUGAAAGUAAACCACCCUCAGCUUGGAGACAUUUCUUUGCUCUUCAAGACCUUUGAGAGCCAACUGUACUUGGACGCUACGUCAGAGCUUGAUAUGGACCUGAAGAAGAUCAAACAUUACCAGUAUGGGCCGCGAACGUUUCUGGAAGUGAGCAAGGUGCAGGUUCUCAACUUUGUUUGCAAGCUGAUCACAGGACGUCCACCCUCCGAGGUGCAGAUAAAUGAGGUCCUGGCUGAAGACAACUAA